CUCUCUCUCUCUCUCUCUCUCUCUCUCUCUCUCUCUCCGAAAGAAAAAAAGUCCCCGUUUCUUCUUCCUCCUCCUGCGAUAUAAAAUCGAGCUGCAAACCCCAAAUUCAAGCUCUUUUCACUCUCAAAUUCCUUCUUUCUGAGUCCACUUCUCUCUCUUCUCAAUCGAAUUAAAUUGAAUAAAAUAAAUUUUCUUGCUUUUUAAGAGAGCCUCGGCUUCAGACGGCGGAGGAUGUUAUAGGCCGCCGGCCGCCCCAAGUAUUCCUAAUUGCAUCCGUCGUGCUCUGCCGUUCACGUCUAGAGCUCCGCUGCCAGCUCCUCCAUUCGAUUACAAGAAAUAGAUAAAUUGAGGUAAAAAUGCCUGCUUGGUGGGGAAGAAAAUCAAGCAAGAGCAAAGAGGAGCAAGAGAAGGCAGUCCAGCACAAAAACCCCUACUCUAACCGCAACAGCAGCAACUUUGUCAACAAAUCUUCGGUCAGCAACGAUAUUAAGAAGAAGGAGAAGGACGAAAGGCCGAGGAGCUUCGACGAACACGUCACGCGGGGAUCACCAAGAGCCAGCAGGGAAUUGGCUGGCGUUGUCGGUGUCUCUUCUUCUGGCUUUUUGGGUUUUGACUCGGAUGGCAGUGAGAGAGCAGCUCAUCCCCUGCCUCGCCCAUCGGUGUCGUCCCUGCAGGGUUUGGCUUUGGGAAAUGAUCAGGUCAAUGGGUUAGGAUCUGGGUCCGCCUCUGUUUCAAGUGUCAGCUCCUCUGGCUCCGACGACCCACUGGUUGCUCAAUGUGGUGCUGCUUCUAGCUAUAGAUGUAUUGGUGAUCCAAAGGUCAGCAUGAUGCCGAAAAGCCCAGGUCCUAGGUCUAGGGGGCCAACUAGCCCAACAUCUCCUCUUCACCCACGAUUGUGUCCCAUGGGUUUGGAGUCUCCAACUGGAAAGCAAGAAGAUGGGAAAAGUGUGUGUCAUCCUCUUCCGCUCCCUCCAGGUUCCCCAACUAGUCCUUUUGCCUUGCCCAGCAGUAGACCUAGUCCAGUCACUGAAAACACAGCUUGUGCACUAUCAAAGUGGAAGAAGGGAAAGCUUUUAGGAAGAGGGACCUUUGGUCAUGUUUAUAUUGGGUUUAACAGUGAAAGUGGGCAAAUAUGUGCAAUAAAAGAAGUCAGGCUUGUUACAGAUGAUCAAUCAUUAAAAGAAUGUCUUAAGCAACUGAACCAGGAGAUAAAUUUGCUUAGUCAGCUCUCACAUCCAAACAUUGUUCGAUAUCAUGGAAGUGAAUUGGGUGAAGAUGCUCUCUCUGUUUAUUUGGAAUAUGUGUCUGGUGGCUCAAUUUAUAAACUACUACAAGAAUAUGGCGCCUUUAACGAACCUGUGAUUCAAAAUUAUACCAGACAGAUUGUAUCUGGUCUUGCCUACUUACACGAAAGAAAUACAGUUCAUAGGGACAUUAAAGGAGCAAACAUAUUAGUGGGUCCUAAUGGUGAAAUCAAGUUGGCAGACUUUGGCAUGGCUAAACAUAUCACAAAUUGUGCUUCAAUGCUGUCAUUCAAGGGAAGUCCUUAUUGGAUGGCCCCAGAGGUUGUAAUGAAUACAAAUGGCUAUAGCCUUGCCGUGGAUAUAUGGAGCUUAGGAUGUACAAUUCUCGAAAUGGCAACUUCUAAACCUCCUUGGAGCCAGUAUGAAGGGGUGGCUGCAAUUUUUAAAAUUGGAAACAGCAAAGAUAUUCCACAUAUUCCUGAUCAUCUUUCAAAUGAUGCAAAGAGUUUUGUGAGGCUAUGUUUGCAACGGAACCCAUCAGAGCGUCCUACGGCUUUUGACCUUCUAGACCACCCAUUCAUUAGAGAGCAAACAACGACAAGAUCUUCUAACAUGAAAGUAACCAAGGAUGCGUUCCCAUAUGCUUUUCAUGGAAGCAGGACACCGCCAGUAUUAGAGCUACACUCCAACAGAACAAGUUUCACCCUGAGUGAUACAGAUCACACUGUGAAGCCCACAAUGGCAACUUCAAGAGAUCUGCGGAGCCCCAGAGAGAAUAUAAGGAUGAUUACAUCUUUGCCUGUAUCUCCUUGUUCAAGCCCCUUGCGACAAUAUGGAGCAACACACAAGAGCUCUUUUCUUUCUCCCCCUCACCCAACUUACGCGAUGAUGGGACAGAGUAGUUACAACUUGAGCGACUACUCAUCGUAUAACAAGCUAAGUCCAACUACGCCGUACACUCUUGAUCCUUGGCAGGAAACGACACUACUUAAUGCCCAGACGCUCGGCAGUUCACCAAGAACAAGACCCAUUGGAAUGUAAAUAUACCAUAGAGAACAUAAAUUGUCCUGUCUCCCCAGCGGUGCCUGAUGAACCAGAGCCGCACCACUUUGGAAGGAAAUAGUUGGUCACGCGCUCCCCUGCUUAGCAGUUUUGGUUGUUUAUGUUGCUUUCCGUUGGGAGAGUGACUUGGUUGUUACGUAAAAGGGAAUUUGAAAACGAGGGAAUUGAUGGACAACACUAAACAUGCGUUGCAUGGGGAAGAUAGUGGACUGUGAUCCUGUAACGACAUACUAUUCGGAUUGUUGUAAAUGGAAGCCGGUCCCUUGUGUAACA